CGCCUCAGUGCGCUCGGCGCGCUUGGGCAGAGAGGAGCGACGAGUUGGCGCCGGUGGCCGAGCCUCUCCAAGGCGUCGUCGAGGCCAUGUUCCCGUGCCUGUACACGGCGCUGGCGGGUCUGCUGCUGCUGCCUCUGCUGGUGAACCUGGCGUGCCCUUACCUCUUCCAGGACUUGGGCUUCUUCCUGCGGCUGGUGCGCGUGGCGCAGCGGGCGCGCCGCUCCGCCUCGCGCGUCCCGCCGCGGACGCUGCUGGAGGUCUUCAGGCAGCGGGCGCGCCAGGCGCCACAAAAGCCCAUGCUGCUCUUCCGAGACGAGGUGUACACCUACGAGCAGGUGGAGCGGCGAAGCAACCAGGUGGCGAGGGCGCUGAGGGAGCACGCGGGGCUGCAGCAGGGCGAUGCCGUGGCGCUCUUCCUGGGCAACGAGCCCGCCUACGUGUGGCUGUGGCUGGGCUGCGCCAAGCUGGGCUGCGCCAUGGCCUGCCUCAACUGCAACAUCAGGGCCAGGUCCUUGGUGCAUUGCUUCCAGUGCAGCGGCGCCAAGGUGCUGCUGGCCGACCCAGAAUUAGCAUCAGCCAUUGAAGAAGUGCUUCCAGUCCUGAAGGAAGAGAAUGUGACUGUCUAUUACUUAAGUAGGACCUCCAAGACAGAGGGGAUCGACAGUUUCGUUGACAAAAUGGAUGCUGCUUCAGAUGAGCCUAUUCCAGUGUCUUGGAGAUCAAAUGUCACUUUUAAAAGUCCUGCUCUGUACAUAUAUACCUCUGGGACUACAGGUCUCCCGAAAGCUGCAUUGAUUACCCAUGAACGCACAUUAUUGGCCUGUGGUCUGAUUAUUGCCAGCGGUGUUACUUCAGCAGAUGUUAUCUAUACCGCUCUGCCGCUCUAUCACAGUGCCGCCCUUUUAAUUGGGGUCCACGGCUGCAUCCUGCAAGGUGCAACUCUUGCAUUACGUUCAAAAUUUUCAGCUACGCAGUUUUGGGAUGACUGCAGAAAAUACAACGUCACUGUUAUACAGUACAUUGGAGAGGUGCUUCGUUAUUUGUGCAAUGUGCCCGAGAAAGACAACGAUCACAACCAUAGGGUAAGAAUUGCCUUGGGUAAUGGCUUAAGGGCUGACGUUUGGAGGGAAUUCAUCCGGAGGUUUGGAAACAUACGCAUUUUUGAGUUUUACGCAGCCACGGAAGGCAAUGUAGGCUUUGUGAACUAUACUGGAAAAAUCGGAGCCGUGGGAAGAUUAAAUUAUUUGCAUAAGAAAAUAAUGCGCUAUGACCUGAUUAAAUAUGAUGUAGAGAAAGAUGAACCUUUCAGAAAUGAAGAUGGCUACUGUAUAAAAGUUCCUAAAGGUGAAGUGGGACUGCUAGUUUGUAAAAUAACACGGUUUGCACCAUUUAGUGGAUAUGUGGGAGCCAAGAGCCAGACUGAAAAGAAAAAGCUAAGAGAUGUUUUCCAGAAAGGGGAUUUAUAUUUCAACAGCGGUGAUCUUUUAAUGAUUGACCAUAACAACUUCAUUUAUUUCCAUGACCGAGUUGGAGACACAUUCCGAUGGAAAGGAGAAAAUGUUGCUACAACUGAAGUUGCAGAUAUUCUGGGACUGAUCAACUUUAUUCAGGAGGCAAAUGUAUAUGGUGUGCCCAUUCCAGGUCACGAGGGCAGGAUAGGCAUGGCGUCUGUACGCCUAACAGACGGCUGUGAAUUUGAUGGGGGACAACUCUACAAACACGUUGUAGACUACCUGCCUGCUUAUGCAAGGCCUCGUUUUGUGAGGAUCCAGGAUGCCAUUGAGGUCACCGGAACAUUCAAACACCGGAAGGUGCAGUUAGCCCAAGAAGGAUUUGACCCAGCAGCUAUCAAAGACACUCUGUAUUUCCUGAAUGACAAAGAAAAGACAUACGAACCCCUAACGGAGGACAUUUAUAAUUCAAUAUGUAGCAAUCAACUGAAACUAUAAUGCACCCAAAGCUGCUGGUUGGUGGUGUUUGUAAAAGAAGCAAGAAUCAGUUUUUAUAUAUUGUUAGAAAGUUACCAAAAUUGA